AUGUCUACGCAAUCUCAGCCUUCAACUUCGAAACCAGAUCCCAUUCAUAUUCUCAUUGGUGCCAUUGGGGCCUUUUACGGCUCACGUCUUCACCAACCUAAUCACCCUCAAAGGCCCGUAUUGGUUUCCUUAACAUGUAGAUCAAAUUAUAAACACGUAUCUUCAAAUGGAUUAUCAAUGAAAACUCGAUCAUUUGGCGAUUAUGAGUUUAAACCAUAUCGAGUGUAUUCAUCUGUGAUUUCAGCUUCAAAGAACAAUUCACCUAAAUGGGAUUUCGUAAUCCUUUGUACAAAAGUUUUAAUAGGAGACAUUAAUGAUUCUGAAAUCUUAUUACCUUUAUUUAAUUCAACUACUCAAUCAUCAAAUCCUACAAUAGUUUUGAUUCAAAAUGGAGUAGGAAUCGAAACUAUUCAUCGUCAAAGGUUUCCAAAUGUUCCAAUUAUAAGUGGUGUGACGGUUGUAAAUGCUGAACAAAUCGAACUAGGAGUCGUACGUCAGAAUAGAUGGACACGAAUUAGUCUUGGAUCGUUUCUUGAAUUCGAGUAUGAUGAUCAAAAAAUCAAAAGUAAAACCCAUCAAAAUUCAGAACUAGAAACCAAAUCGACUCAUCAAAUUGACCUUUUAGUUGAAUUAUUAAAACAAGGUGGGAUAAAAGAUGCAGAAGUUUAUAGUGAAAGAGAUUUACAAUUGGUGAGAUGGCAUAAACUUGCAAUCAAUGCCUCGAUGAACCCUUCCUCAAUCCUAUGUGGAGGUCUAACUAACCCAGAAAUGGUAGCAGACCCAGCCAUACGCAUUCAUCUAACCGAAUGUAUGAAAGAAGUACUCAGAGCAGCAUGCGUGAUUUUCCAACUCGAAAGCAUGCCCACUGGUUUUGCAAGUCCAGAAGAAAUCUUGGAAUCGAUCACUCGAGCCAAAGGUGAAGCUAUCAAACCUUCAAUGUUAGUGGAUUGGGAACAAAACCGACCCUUGGAGAUCGAAGCUAUUCUGGCUAUUCCGAUUAGGAUCGCUAAACGGUUUGGAGUGGAGUUGAAUCGAUUACAAUCUAUGUAUGCUUUCUUGAAUCAACUUCAACGUCAGAGAACUCAUGGGUCUGCAAAGUUGUGA